UAAAUUUAUAGCUUUGCAGGUUGUAUUUUAGUGCACUGUAUUACCGACAUGGCUAAAAUGACCGCAAAUCUUCAACUCCGGCAAAUUUUCACGAAUUUAUCCGCACAACAACGUGAAAAAUGGUUGUUGCCAUCCCUGUGGCUCAAAAAUACAUCUUGCGUUAACUAUGCUACAAAAGCAGAGAAAAAGCGAGGAUUGGACCGAAGGCCAAUCCCCAAAGUGGAACACACAAUGAAAAGUAUUGCUGCAAAGGGUUUCCUACGCCCCACACAAGAUUAUUCGCCACCUGCCAGUUUCAAGGAAGAUUUACAUCAAAUCUGCUCCAAGCAUUUGCAGAAUCACACUGAUGAUACACUGCUAGGAGAGAAAAAGGCUGCUAUUUUGAUUGAGACAGCCACAAAGUUUAGUUUCUCAGUGCCCAAUUCACUCCUGCAUCAAGUUAUAGCAGUGAGUGACUUGAUUUCCUUCUACGGACAAGAAUCCAGCACAAAAACACCCCUGGAUAAGAUGAAAACAAUGGAUUUGCCUCCGAAUUUACAUGUGCAGUAUGAUUAUGUCAGGUGGCAUCCAGAGACAGAUACACAGUUUGGUGGAAUCACUGCAUUCCCAGAAAGUUCUACUUUGGUUACUGGUUUGAAGUACAGAGAAAAAUACAGAGGACAUAAGCAGUCUGUGUAUGUUCCUAGAGAAUAAGAGCAGAAUUGGAUGUGUAGUUUAAUGUCCUUAUAAAUAUUUGUUAAAAAAUUCAAUGAAGAAUGAUUUAUUUGUGUAUUUU